AUGAAGAUCUCGAGCGACGAAGACGAGCUCAGCUCCGGAGACGAGGUUGACGAUGCUGAACGCGACCCGGACUCCGCUGCCGACCUACUUGAGGACGACGACCUGGAAGCUCUUGAAGAUGAGGAGGACGACGAGGAGCUGCUGGAUGACGAAGAGGGGGAGGACGAAGACGACGGGGAGGAGGACGGGUCUGAUGGACCGGAUGAUUACGUCGAGGACCCCAACGGCCUCAACGACGGGUUCUUCUCGAUAGACGACUUCAACAAGCAGACGCAGUGGUUCGAAGACCAGGACGCCAGGGGUGACCCCAACACGGACGCCGGCGACGAGGACGAGGACGAGAUUGACUGGGCAGCCGACCCUCUGGCUGCGUCGAGCAAAAACACGAAGCAGGCAAAAGCAAAGGACGUCGACAUGGACGGCGAGGACAAGCAAGACGGCGACGAAGAGGAAGACGACGACGACGACGACGACGACGACGAAGAGGACGGCCCGACGUUCGGCAACAUGGACCUCUACGCACCCGAAGGCGAGAGCGAGGACGAGGACAUGGACGACGCCCUGGAGGAGGACACCGAGUUCAACGCCAACGACGUCUUCUACAAGGACUUUUUUUGCGCCACCGGCGCGAAAGGCCGACAAGAACAAGCCCAAAAAGUCUGUGCGCUUCCACCCCAAGCCCGUCGCCGACGAGGACGUCGACCGGGCCAUGGAAGACGUGCGCCGCGCCCUCUUCGACGACGAGUCGGACCACGGCGACGAUUCAGACGGGGCGCUCUCGGACGUGUCGGCGGGCGACCCACGCUCGCGCCGCUCGCGCACGAGCGCCGCCAGGCCAAGCUGGUCGAGGAGAUCCGCAAGCUCGAAGCGCGUCGGUGGCCAAGCGCGAGUGGGCCCUGA